AUGAGGAAGAGGGGCAAAACUCUAAAUAAAGGUUUAGAUGCACCUCAUUUUAGGAUGAUUAUUAUUGUUCAUUAAUAGACUGGAGUCCAACUAAUUAAUUAGAAAAGGGUUUAAAUAAUUCACUUUGUACAUGAUGAACUCAAAACUAUCCAGACUAUUUAAUAAUUCAAGAUAAGAAUUUAUCAGAUUUAAAUACAUCUGAUUUAUGUUAUGGAAACGAUUUGA